AUGGCCUCCCUCGCAAUAUCUGCCGAUUUCCCCUUUACGAAGCACCACACGCCCGUGCUAGAUUCAACAAUGGCCUACGUUGACACGGGCCUACCAACUGCAACUGCACCGACAGUAGUUUUUCUUCAUGGCAAUCCAACAUCCUCCUAUCUGUAUCGCAACAUAAUCCCGCACGUGUCCCCAGUCGCUCGAUGCAUUGCCCCCGACCUCGUGGGCUUCGGCAACUCAGGCAAGAUGCCUUCUAACAGCUACUAUUUCCACGAUCAUGUGAGGUACCUCGCUGCCUUCCUGGAGGAUGUCGUUCCCCAAGAGAAGACAAAGAAACUUUUCCUUGUAGUCCACGACUGGGGCUCCGCCCUCGGUUUCGACUGGGCUAGCAAGAAUCCUUCCCGAAUCGCAGGGCUUGUCUUUAUGGAGUUUAUCUGCGCAGGUUUAUCUCUCAAAGAUUUUCCUGAGGGGGCUCGCACUCUCUUCGCGGACAUUCGUACUGAAGAAGAAGGGCGCAAGUUGAUCAUCGAGCAGAAUGUCUUCGUCGAGGUCCUUCUUGGUCAAACUGGGACUGCGCGUGGCCUGAGCGACUCUGAGAUGCGGCAUUAUCGCGAACCGUUCUUAGAGCCAAAGAAUCGAGAGCCGGUAUACCGGUUUCCGAAUGAGCUUCCGUUAGAUGGACAUCCGACGGGUGUGGUGGAAAUAGUAGAGGACUAUUGGGGUUGGAUGCAGAGAAACGAGGUACCGAAGCUGAUGUUCUGGGGGGAACCCGGGGCGAUUAUUUCUGUAGAAAAAGUCAGGGAGAUUGAGGCCGGUUUGAAGAAUGUUCGGAGUAUAGGAAUUGGUGCUGGAAGUCAUUAUCUACAGGAGGAUAAUCCGCAUUUGAUCGGAGCGGAGACGAGCAAAUUUGUGCAGGAGGUGCUGAAUAUGGCUUAG